ACAUGCCCUAUUCUAAGAGUGUCAGCUUAGUCUGAAUAAAACGUUUUUUGCCCGUUUAAUAAUUUUCCCCAAUAGAUCUUCGUGGAUAAACGUUGCACUUGAGGCAUUGUAAUACGAAGAAGAAAUGUAGUACGAUGAUAUAUGGUGAGAAAAUAACGUUAUUAAAAAGAAAACAAUAAUAUCUGGUGAAUACGCAACAAGCGUCAAUGCACGAGAUACGCAUCGAUCUCACCGGGAAAACAUGAGUGACAGAAACAGCACGAAGAACGACGUUAGCUUCAUGGAUAGUAAUGGGCUUCGAAUGCAAUAUCAAUACUUUUUUAGGACAGGUGAGUAUUAAAACAUUGGCACUUGUACGUAUAAAUAAUUUAAUUCGAGCAUCGAACGUAAUUCGAUCGUCGGUCAUAAUGAGCUCAGACGUAUUCACAUUUUUACGAAUUUUUUUGAUGCUUAAAUAAAUAUGUACGACGGAAAACAAAGGACAUGGCACACCUGUAGAUAUGAAAUGCCGGACUAGUGGAAGUUGAAGAGUAGAAAAUAAUAAGCAGAAGGCUGUAGUGCAGAAGCUAGUGAAAGAAUUGACCAGUACUUAGUACCAUACCACGCAGGAAUAAAUAAGGAUAAUGAGUCACGCUCAGCAGCAUGUACUUGCAAGCGCAAUAGUUUUGGCUCUGAUAGUGGUUGUUGGUAUCCAUGUCUUCCUGUUUCCUAUGUACACAUCCAACCCACCAGCACGCCAUGUAAAGAUUUCAACGUAUGAACAAGCUCUUUGUCAUACCACUUUAAAAAAUAUCAGAGUACCACCAGAAUGGAGAAAUCCUUGUCCCAUAAAUGGAAUAGUUUCGGCUGUCCAAGGUGGUAGGCUUGGAAAUCAAAUUUGGGAAUAUGUUUCUGUAUGGGCUACCGCUAGAAGAACUGGCUUAGAGCCAUUCAUGCCACGUUGCAUACUGAAAACUCUUGAGGAAUACUUUGAAAAUCUUAGCAUUCCACCGCUCAGUUACAUCGGAUGGUGCAAGUUAGAUGUCAGUCAAGUUGUUAACUCCCUGGGGGAAUGGAACAGCACGGAGCAAAACAUCAUCAUACCAAGACACGCGGCUUAUUGGUCCCUUAUCUUGGUGUGGUUGGAUGAUAUACGAAGAGAAUUUACAUUUAAACCAAAUUUAAGAGCUUAUGCAGAAAGGGUAUUGAAAGAAGUGGCAGAAGAAUUUAAUUUGUCUGAACCAACGUUUGUAAGCAUACAUGUACGAAGAACAGAUUAUGUAGACUAUCUGUGGCAAAAAUUGAAGAUUCGACCUGCACCUGUUAGCUAUUAUUUUGCAGCAAUGGAUUACUUUAUUGGCAAGUAUAAUGAUGUAGUGUUUGUAGUAACUAGCGAUAAUAUAGUUUGGUGUAAGUAUAAUUUACAUAGUAAACGACAUAGAAUCAAGUUCGUUUCUGAUAUGAAUGCAAGAGGUCCAGGUAAAGAUCUUGCAGUCUUAUCAGCAUGUAAUCACAGUAUUAUAGAUUAUGGUACAUAUGGUUCGUUUGGUGCAAUCUUGGCCGCUGGAGAGACUGUGGUGUACAAUGUAACUACAUACUUUUCGACAUUAAUUGCCGAAGUCUUGCCGAACUGGAAAAUAAUGAGUUAAACAAAAAUCAAAAAUUAAAUUCUCUAAUUUAAAAUAGGGCAUAUACAUAUAUAUCUACCUUAUUCAAAAUAUAUUUUAUAUGAAAUCAAACAAUGAUUUUGUUCAAUUUUCGAACAUGAGAAUUAUACUCCUUAUUACUUCGAAAUUAAAACUGCUCAAAAAUUAAAUUUUUUAUACUAUUUUUUAUUAGGAAGACAUAUUUAUUUAUUACU